ACAAAGUUUUCUCUCUUUUUGUUCAUGCGGAAGUCGAGGCUUUUCAUUUUUCAUGUAUCUAUAUGACGUGGCAUGACGUAAAAGCUUACUACAAAAGCGCUUUGUCUGCGAACUGCAUGCUGAAGUAAAAGGAAUAACGGUGUAGAAAGCGAAAGGUAAGAAUUUCGAGGUAAGACAAUCAGUUUUUGGAGCGUUACUUGUCCCUUAUUGACGGAAACCCAAGCUUUGGGUUUAGUAUUCAAGUGUUGUUUCCUUAACAGCCCUUAAGUUGGGAUCAAUAUGUCUGAACUCAGUAGCCGGCUACGCUUCGCGUUUCAUCCAAGAUUUGGUUCCCGUUUAGCUAUAUGAAGAUGGUGCGAAAUCCCUUGUUGUCUAACAGAAAAUUAAGACCGCUAGCGCUCGAACUGCCAACCUUGGCGGCCGAAUCUAGUUAGGUAGUCCAUUCGCAUUGUCAUCUUACUCUGCGGAACGGCGGGACCGGGGGAGGCUGGGAAAAUUGUUUAUAUAUUAGUCUUUUAUAUAAACAUUUCACUUUCUUGGCUUCUUCCACUGGACGGUUUCAAAUUUAUUUUUUGUCCUGUGUUUAUUGCAUGACAGUGAAAACGAAGAAUUUAUCAACUUUUUUCUAGCAUAUGGAAGCACCUUGACCGUAAAUGUCUGACAAAUUCUUCUAUCUAACACGUUAUAAAAAACACGCGCUUGCUAUGUGAUUAAAUACGUCCAUGAUCGUGUUGUUUGUCGCGCUGUAAAGUUAUCAACUUCAUACUACCGAAACUGCCGAUUUUCCUACUUUGUUCAUUUGCCAAAACGUUAGUUAUAGACGGAAAAGCUUUUCCUCGCCAUAGGAAGGCAAAUGUUGCCUCUUACUGCAUAGAACUCAAGAAAAAUUCCCUAUUGAACCAGAAACAAACUUGUCAGCACGUGGCUCCAGGGCAUCGUUGUGAAGCAAAAUGUGUCAUUGUUUAUACCUACACCUCUGAUUGGUUUCGCGGGAAAAAUAGCCAGCCAAGCAUGGUGAUCAUGACCGUAUAUAACCUGAGAUCAGGCCCAAUUUUAGCGGUUCUCAUACAUUCUCUCUAAGGGCUACCACUAAAAUUUCGCCUUCCCCGCCGGACUGGUAUUUUCAAAGCGAAACGAAAAUUCAGCUUGAUCUCAGGUUGGACCGUAUAUAGGGCAGUAUGUUGUGUUUACCGCUGGAAAACUUUAUUACAGGCCUAUCCAAGAGGGCGACCAAGUCAACAAACACGAAUUUCAGUUCGAGUGCUUGUCGAAGGUAUUGUUACAGUUUUCUCCUCAAGGAUUCACUCAAAUGCCACAAAACUUUUCGGACCUUAUCUAGACAAGAUGACGAAAUUUUGCAGCGCAGUUCAGACCAGGUUUUUAUUUUUUUGAUUGUCUCCUAAAAUUGUCCAAAUUCAAUAUGUUUUGGCGCACUGCGCUGUAAAUCUUUCUUUUAUGGUUUUGUUUACGUGUGUCUUUUCAUUUUGAAUUUUAUUGAAUCCUUUUAAAUUUAGAGGCAAUUUUAUUCAGAAUUUUCAACAACAACCUAUAUGUUUAUAAAUUCCACAAAUUCCUUAAUAGUUAUCCGAAGGAAGAUGCAAUAUUUCAAAACCCCAUAUACGUAUGACUUGCAUCCAAAAAUUUCACUUACUUUUAUUAAACACUUCUAAUAUUUUCACAUGACUACUGAUUUACAAAAAAAAUGCCCAAAUUAGCCUCCGGUACCACCCUGAAGUCACAAGUAAGCCCAUCCCCCUCCCCUCCCCCCCUCACCCCCACCUUAGACAAACGUCCCGCCGUCCCAAUGUUGUACUGUAUUUUAAAACAUAUAACCUGUGCACACGAUUUGAAGGAAUUUCUGACUCAAACGUCCAGUCAGGGAUACAGUCAUUCAAUUUGUUUGACAGAAUCAAAACCAUUGAAUUUGUAUCGCGGUCGUUUUAGUCACUUUCAUUAUUUCUUUUGAAAAGUGUUUCAACUGUUUGUUGCCGAAGAGAUCCCCGAGGGGGGUUACUCCCGUAUAAAAGUGACGGGGGUGCUCGUCGGAAAAUUUCGAGAACAGCCCUAAAAGGUGACAGAAUCUUGUUUCAUGGGCCUGUCUCAAAUUCAUUUCCACCUCUAAGAGGUACCAAUUCAACAACAAUAAAUUAUAUCAAUGGCACUACAAAUUAUAAUAGCAAUGAAGAUAACUUUAAGAACACUUUCUUCUCAAGGACUUUUAUGAAAGUAUUGUCAUAAAUAUUUAUGCUAAUAAAGCGUGUCAGCAGUCCAAAAUGCCUACUCUAAAUUUUAUAGCAAACUUUUAGAAUCCUAGUCUAACAUAUAUAUUCUCUGCCGGGUUUUUACUGUCACGCUAUAAAAAAUACAAAUCGAAACCAUUCAAUACAGAAAGUCCAUAAUCUGGAAAGUGAAAGAAGAUAAAUGAACAAAUAACCUUGCCAAGAACUGAUCAGGUCAGUGCGAUAUUUAAUAUGCGAGAUGUACUCGGAAAAAUGUUUUACCCAAAUUUACAAAGCCUUGAAUGGAGAUGCCAUGUUGGUGUCCUUUUUGACCUCUUUUGUUUUUAAUAUAAUUGUGAAUGAUAUCACAAAUUUCUCUUAGGUACUUUUUCUUAUAUCAUUUGCUGAUGAUAACAAUUUAUUCUUGAGUAAUCAAAGGUACAGGAACUUGAUAUAAACUCAUGAACUAAAAAGAUCUAAUAAGAUGACCGGCAUUAUAUUUUUGCCAAGGCUAGUUUUCAUCAUUUACCUUUUAAAAUGCUUCAAAUGUUGUAUAAAAACACUACGAUCUACCCAUAUUUAUUUACAUACUGUAACAUCACUUCGGCAUAUACUUAUCCUACUGGACUAGAGCCUCUCAAAACACUGGAAAAACCGAAAACGUAUCAGGGUUAUGGCAAUCAGUACAGAUUAUUCAGGAAAAUUAGGAACAGUUUUUGAGUCUCUGAAAACACUGGCGGUGUUUGAAUUUAAGAUUUAUCAUACAGACGUUUCUGGGUCAAAGAAGUUCUGGGUAUUAACAUGAUUAAUAACACCAUGACAAGCUACCAGCAUUUUUAGACAACCUUUUUAAAACUAAUGAAAGUAUCCAUUAUUUUCCUACAACACACAAUCUGCAUCAAACAAAUACAUAUCGAAUUUAGAAGAACAGUACAUCUAAAAGCUCAUCAGAGCUGGCCUGAUCUCCUGCCUAAUGGUUCAUAUUGUGUGAUAUGUUAUCUAUAACCGAAUGAGGGCACUUCUCCUUCUUCUUCUUCUUUAGGGAUUAUUUUUGAUUUACUGUCACCUUUGAGUGAGAUUCGUAUUUCUCUUUCUUUUGCACUUUAAUGCUCAAUUUAAUAGAGUCUCCAAAUAUCUUUCACGGAAUUAACAACUAAGGGAAUUGUACCUUGCGGUAUACUGCAAUUAACUGCAGCUGGCAAAGUUUCCGUAUCUGACUAUUUUGCCGAUACCACUCGGAUCGAGUCGUUUUGGUUAACAUUAAAAUAUGACUGUUUUUCUGUUCAAUCUGUUUUUCAAUAUUAUACUUCUUUUCUUGUAGGAACCGAGAUUCUGGUGGGAUCAUUAAGAACCAUCCACCAACAACAGAAUAAACAGAGAAAGACCUGUCUUUCAUUAACAAUGGCGGAUCAGCACGGGUAAAUAAGCUCUAAUUUUCCAAAGUUAGUCUGUCGUACAACUAUAACCAAAGAUAUUCUUCUCAACGCCCUUUUUCUGUUUUUCCUCUCCCUUUCCUUCCCCUUUUUUUUUCCUUCCGUUUUUGAAUGCUGGCAAUGUGGAGUGGGACUGGGUCUAAUGACGUCUUUAUCUUCGAAAACGCGAAUCACUACAAUAAAAGUCAAAACUGGUCUAUGAGUGUGUGUAAUCAAAUGGUGGCGAGUGAAAUUAUUGAAUGAGACUGAAUAUAAUCAGAACUGCCAUUCUGUACCGCUCAACCAAAACAACGCAACCUCGUUCCCGGUGCUUCCUCAGUUGUCGUCCGUUUUUUUGGCGUUAAUGCUGUACUAUUGACGUCAUUCUCCAGAUAUUGCAUUGGACUUCCAAAUUUGGUCAAUGCCAGCUGGAGCUGGUUAUGGAUUAUUAGCGGUGAAUGAAUAAUAGUGGAUAUUAAUCGAUAUUAAAAGAUUAUGUCUGAAGGUCCAAAUGCGCAAAUUACAGGAGCUGCGUGUUGUUUGUAACGUUUUACAUUAUGUUUGGAAGACAUAAUUAUUUGUUUAAAACGAAACUGUGAUUUUGCCAUUCAUAAGUAAUUUCUCAAGUUCCAUAGCCAAUAAGGACGCGCAACUGCCAUUAUGAACAAGAUGAAUAAGACAACCAUGACACAGUUUCUUUAAGUGUUUGGGCACUAUCGAUUCCUCGCGCGUAUGAACACUCGAGGAAUUAAAAAAUCACAAUUGGUAGCCUGAGUAUCAGGCUUCUUUAGGGCGGGGGGAGGGGGGGAGGGAGAGAGAGAAACGAAAAGGAGAACAGCAAGGAUAGAGCUCAUACAAACAUGCCGUAAAUUUGUAAGAAAAAGAAAAAGAAUAAAGGUCAGAAGAUAUACAGAUGACUAUGCAAGAAAUCACUAUUUAAAACCUUCCUUGGUUUAGUUCCUAAUGACUCUAUCUCGCCUCAGCUGAAUCUCAGAGAAGGUCAUCACUCGCAAUACAUUAAGCUCAGUGCUUCAAGGCUUGAAAGCCAUCAAUUGUUCAUUUUCUGUUAUUUUUUUUUUGUUACCCUAAGAACUGUAAGAGAUUUUUUCAUAAAGUUGAAAUGAUUCCUUCAAGGAAGACGUCAUAAACAAAUUCAGUACUUAGUUUUUCAGUAACUCAGCACUAUGGUGGAAUAGGCCAUACGCACUUUUCAAAACAGGUCUGGCCUCACAAUUAUCCAUAUGAUAUGUACGUAGGCGACUCCUCUUGCUAUUUUCACUCAGUCUCUGAUAAAAGAUGGCUUGCACGCGCAAGUACAAGCAUAAGCAUACGUAACUAAACUGGUGCCAAGAGAGCAUAGGAACAAGAACAGGAAGCUUUUAAAUUGUGACAGUUUUGCUAACACUAUAUGGCAUUGUCUCGCCCCAUGUAAUGAAUUCCAGAAUCCGGCAAAUUUUUGCGUUUGGAAUCCGGAAUCCUCUAAAGUUCUGCCCGAGGAACCGGAAUCCUGGGUUUGGAAUACCACUAAAGAUGGGAAUUCGGAAUCCAAGUUCCACCGACAUAGAUCUGGAAUAAUUACCUGGAAUCCGAAAGGAAUUCCUUGCAUGGAAUCCAGAAUCCAAGACUGUCCUGGGUUCCCUUACAUGAGACGAUUGGUCUUUUCAUACAUGACUGGUGCGAUGCAAACAUCUAAGCUUAAGCCCAAGCAACAAAACAGCGGUUCGCCUUCCAUCGUCCCGCCAGUGACUAAACUUUGUCCUUACGAGCCUGCGUAUUGCAUCCGUUUUAUGUUUUGUGGGCGUGCAAACAUUCUUGUACUUGUGAUGCUGAACUCGGGGGACUUGUAUUGCAAUUAAAGAUCAUGUUCUAGUUGGUAACAAACAAUUGCCAGCUCUAAGAUCUCCAUGUAAUGUAUUUAUUCAGACAACCCACAAGUGGUACAGGCAAUAUAAGGAAAAGGAAAGUAUCCGAUGACAUCAUAGACUCAACCGUAGCAGGUAAGUUUUGGUCACUUAUAGUUUUCAGAACCAAUUCAGAGUAAAUACCUAGAAGACAGUUCCAUCUGCCAAUACACCUUGCCUUUCGAAGAAAUUCGAAUUUUGUCUACAAAAUAAACGGGCAAUGACGUUAUUGCUAAGAAAUCUCUGUCUCAACGUAACACUGAUCGCAACAAAUUUUCAUCUUUAUUUUACACGGCUGUCAGUGGUGGUUAUAGUUUUCCCAAGUCCUCGCUAAUGGCGAUGUAGUUAAUGUUCAAAAUUCAGUUCAGGGCUUAGAAAACAAGGCAUAUAACAAAUGUGCUGUGUUGGUAAACUUUUAUUAUUUAAUGAAAUGCAAAUACCGUAUUUAUUCGAUUAACCGCCCUGGGCGCUUAUUAAAUUUUUGGACCUUGAGAGUGGACGCUUAUUCGAGGUUGAGCGCUGAUUAAGUUUUCACCAUUUUCAGCAAGUGUAGUAUGUUUAUUUUGCAACAAAACAGUAAAUGCUAAUAAAAAAAAACGCGAAGAAGUAACAAGGCAGGGUCUCUGUAAAAUACUCUUAAGAAAACUCCCUCCUCGGGGAAGUCUCUUAUUAGUACUUAUUCAAUUUCAAUUUCAAUCUCAUUGUCACUCAAUUGGGUGGGGCGGGGGUGGGCGCUUAUUUGAGUUUGAUUGGGGCAGGUGGGGGUGGGGGAAGGCGCUUAUUAACUUUUUCUGCCUUUAGGAUGGGCGCUUAUUCGAAGUGGAGGCUAAUUCGAGGUUGGGCGCUUAUUCGAAUAAAUACGGUAAGCAAGAGCUGCUUUUCUGCAAUACAGUAAAACUCCGCGACUAAUUCUGGAUUUUAAGAAUCUCUUAGGCUAAACUUUGCCAGUUAGGCCCCCUCUACACAAGAACCUGUUUAGCGUAAAACUUUAAACAGGUUCUUAUUUUCUAAAAUCUAUGAAAAAUUCUGCACACUUGGGCAAAUGAGAUAAGUCAACAUUCAAAAUGUUCUUUGGAGACAUAGGUGCCUUAUCACUCCAACUGCAAUGUAAAUGCCAGCGUUUAAAAUCAAAUAAAAUUGUUAUUGAUACAAUUGGAAAUUUACUACAGUAUAUAAAUUAUAUGAGAAAUAAGAACCUAUAUAGUCUAGAGUUGGGGCAACUACCAUUUAUAUAAGAACCUUUUCAUGCUAAAUUGGAAAAAUCCAGGUUCUUAGUCGCAGGGUUUUACUGUACCACAAAUUAGUGCAAACUUGGGAGGUAUUGCCCUUGAAAAUCCAGUCACUUUUAGUUUGCUAAAGUCGGUUACCAAUUUUCUUCUUUACAUAGAAACAAAGUUCCGAAAAACUUCCAAAAACCCACCAAAAGUAGCUGAGGAUGUUACUGUGCUUAGAAAUAAGGAUAUUCGUGCAGAGGCCAAAAGCCUGGACCAUGGCCAACUUCCAAUCGAUAUCUUGUUAUUGACUGUAAAGGACUGCGAGUUUUUAGCCUGUCUUUCUUUCAUGACGAGUUUUACCAAGAGGUACGAAAAUGACCUUGGUUUUGUUUACAUCGGGAGUAUGUGCGAGUCAAGUGUUAAUAUGAAAAUCGCUGUCAUGAAGUGCAGAAUGGGUGCGGCUGUUCCUGGAGGUUCAGCAGGUGUCGUUAGGGACGCAGUCAAGGCUUUAACGCCCAAGGCGGUGUUUUGUGUGGGUUACUGUGGGGGCUUAAACCCAGCCAAAGUCAAAUUAGGAGAUGUUGUUAUUUCCGAGAAAUUAAUCACAUACGCUCCUUCAAAAGUCACCCAGAAUGGCAUCGAGGAACUUGGCGAUCGCGUUCCCCCGAGCACAAAACUUGGAAAGUUAAUCCUGAAUGCUGCUGAUGGUUGGGAGGCACCGUUGCAGGAUCCAGCGGAGCUAGAAGUUGAAGUAAAGCGUGGUGCGUUACUCAGUGGACCACAGAUGGUUGAUAACAAUGAAUUGCGUAAAGCACUUAUCAAGAGAUUCCCAAACGGAAUUGCUAUCGAGAUGGAAGGAGAAGGUAAAAUGAUUACACCUACAGUCUAACAGGCAACUGCUUUAGUUAAGUUACACUGACCGUGAGGAGACUGAGAAGGAGAAAUGGAGAAGAGAAAGAGGAAGAGGUUCUUUCUCCAUUCUCUCACUUGUUCUCAGGACAGUGAUGCCUGCGAAGGAGGCUACUAAGUCUAAUAGACAAACCAUCUCUCUCCAUCUUUGUAUGUACAGUGGGAACCUCUAUAUAAAGAGCCUCUAUGUAAUGAAGUCCUCGGUAUGACGAACGAUUUUCCUUACCAUAGUAAUAGUAAAAUAUUAUAAAAAAAAUAUACCCUCGACGGAUAUAACAAAACCUCGGUAGAGCAAACACAUUUUGCUUGUCCCCUUGGCCCUUCGUUAUAUCGAGGUUUCACUGUAGUUGAAACAGUUAUCCAGCAGGCUCAGAACCGGCAUUACUUGCGUUUUAAGGUUUGACAAAUUGUUCUAGGUGUCAAAACUUCAAUGGAACAGUCUAUGGAAUGGGUGUUUAUAUUUAGAAAUUUUAUGGUGAAAUUACUUUAAACUUCUUCAAUCAUUCUCUAAUCUAAGAACGCGUGUGAAGAUCAAAUACGGAAGACAAACUCUUUUGUUUUUAUUACGGUGGAUUUAGAUGCCGAAAUCAGAACUUUCACUCAAAAAUGUUUCAACUACAACUCAUUAUCUUCACUUUCAGGUGUUUACGGAGCAGCACAUGACCUGGGUGUUGAGUGGAUAAUUAUAAAAGGCGUGUCGGACUUCGCAGAUGGCACUAAGUCCGAGACAAAUUCAUGGAGACCCUUCGCGAGUUUAAUGGCUGCUUCCUUAGUUGCUCAUAUUCUCCAAAAUCCAAUUAUUUUUGAGAAUUGGGGUCAUUAUAAUGAUGGAAAAUCAAGUCUUCUUUCCUCCUUAGGUGAGAUAAUUAUGGUUCAUUGUGUAGGCAACGGUUCGGUGUUUCUGGUUGUGUAGAUUGAGAAGUAUCAUCACAAGAGUCUUUUCAAAUUACAAGGCAAAACUCGUGUGAGUUUUUUGCAGCUACGUCUAUUCCCUUUUUUCAAGAAAAUUUGACCCCGUGCGCACAGUCCUUUAAAAACAUCCUCUUGUAACCGCUAACAAGAAAAAACGAGUUAGGAUCCAAGCGGAUAGGUUAUUAUUACAAGUAAAGGGGGCCCACACAAUACGUUGAGAAGUUCAUAGCCGCAUUUAGUUUUGUAGUAGUUAAGUAUAUGAAAGUUAUUUUUAGUUAUAGCAUAACGACAUAACUUGAAAGAUGGAUCAAUGCUAGACCAAAGCUUUUGAAUUUUGAAAGUAAUAACGUGUGGUUUAUUGCCGUCCUUGGCUCAGAAACGACAUUUGAGCUUCUCUAAUAAAUGUCGAGUUCACUCCGAAAAACGGCGAACACAAAAAUUGUUUGCUUUCUAAUUCACAGUUGACACGUGAGAAAGGAUGGCGUCCUGUUUCAAACCUGGCGCUAACUUCCUGAUAUGAGUUUUGAGUUGGUUUUGCUAACUUGCCAAAAUUUCUAAACUCCAGUUCAUUCAGGAAGCUACGUCCUGGAUGUGUUAUUGUUUUAAAACACAGGGUUUAGAAACUCGGAAUUGGCUCCAUACAGAUUGGAGGGCGAGAUUUUAAUAAAAAGGCCCCCUCUUAGUCUACUAAAUAUGGGGUUUAUUGGCACAAUCGACUCUUGGGACACCUAUCUGCUGGUAUCUCUGUAGAUUUUUCGGGGUGAACUUCGGUCGAACGCACUAUUUACGUACUUAACUCUCAUGCAUUUAAAAUUAAAAAGUUUUACACAGAUUUCUUAAAGUCCUUCACUCAAUAGAUCGCACUGUAAACAUAAAACAGAAGAACGUUUGAAAAUUUUAACAAUGGAACGCGAACAACAAGACAAAGUCUAUUAAAAAAGAACCUCGACAUGACCGCUCAUGAUACCGCCCUGGGUUUCAAUGAAUGCUACGAAGGAACACUGACUAUUAGUAUCUACGAAAAAAAUCACGAAUUUUUUUUGCCCUGAUAAAGGUGAACGUGUACUACAAUCCAGUCAUAGGGAACCUGCGUCACAAUCCAACGACAGCAAGACGCGUGUGUCUAGUGGAAAAGGUAUGAGCGAUGAUUUUCAAUAUAACUUUUUGUAUUAAUGAAAUUUUCUUUCAAUCACCUCAAGUGAUGAUUUUAACCUGGCUCCUGCUGAUAACGCAAAUGUAUUUUUUCACAAAUACCAAGUACCAUCGAAAAAUUUUACAGCAAGAUUGUCGCCACUAGCCCAGGGUUCCUUCAAUCCCCUUUUUGAGUCCCAUUAAAAUAUUCUCCUUAAAUACCCUCAUCCAGAUCCCGAAUAUAAAUACGUUUUCAAAUGUGACUUAGAGCAGUUUUAAAAGAGAGGUGCAGACAAAGCUCAGAGAUACAGGAACCCUGGCUCAGCAUAAAAACAGAUGAUGUUCAUACAAAACUGUGCUGACAGAAACAGCACUUAACGUUUCUUAGUUAUGGUUCCCUGGAGACCAUUUAUAGGCCUCAGUCCUCUAAUACGUACAUCACAAUCACGUAGUGCAGACGAGACAUCUUUACUCUCUGAAGAGGACAACUUCCAGUAGAGAUGGGUGGACCAUUUCAACAGUGACCCAAACAGGCCCUCUUCUAUUAAGUGGAAGGCUCGGGUGCCUCAAGUAGAGAUUCAAACUCCUUAGCAGAGCCUCAAGUAGAAUCAGAGGUUCAGAACCAGUGACAAAUUCGCUUAACUCCGCAGCACGCUGCAGUGGCCAUGGCGAACAUUUACAGCCAGGUCAAUUAACGCAUUUCAAGGCCACUUAAUGAUCAGUUUUCGGACGACCCCGGGGGGGACUCCCACAUGAAAGAGGCGGAGAUGUUAGUCGGAAAUUUUGAAUUAAACCUCUAAAGGAGACCAAUCUGGGCGUGGCCCAAUCUUUUUUUGACCCCUAAAAGAGACCAUUUUAAACUUUGAUUACAUGAAUGGGGUAAAUAAAAAUAAUUCUUCGCGUGCAACCCUAAAAGAGACCUGUACAGCCAAAUACAAUGGCGUUUUGCACGGAACACCCUAAGUGAGAUCAAAAUCCGAAAUUUUCAGCACUAAGCGAGACGACGAGUAUUCCCGCUCUUUUCAUAUGGGAGUCUUUUUGUAAUGAUGCCUGACACUCGACUCCCCAAACUGGGACUGUUCUAAGGCAAAUUAGCGGAGGGGAAACGCUCACAGCCUUGGACAGAAGAAUUGGUACGAGUACUGUCUUAAAGCUUCGCUGAAAAGCUUUGAUAUUGGUGUUCAAACCUCGGAGACUCUGGCAUUUGACCGACCAGCCUGGCCUGAGCAAAAUCCACAAAGGCACUUUCCUCUUCGAGCAGAACAGAAUGGCAGAACCUCAGAUGAAACAAUAGCUGCGAAAGUCUAAAGUAAUCUCUUUGACAUCUGCCAAAGAAGUUUACCAGUAUCCAGAAUACGACAGAGUCUCCUACGUCCGUAUCGGAUGGAUCAGCCACAGCCGGACACACCGCGCUAAAUCCUUCAACUAGUGAUGUUCUUGGUCAUCGUCCACAACGGCGGACGAACACCGGCAUAGAGGUUUCGCAAUUCUCAACCUCCCACGGAACAGUAACAGUGUCCAGAAAAGUGUAGACAACUCGCGGUUAACUAAAAAAUGAUUGGUCAAUGGUUAAAGAAAAAACUUUUCCUUUCUCUACCGGAUCCCGCGUCGUUCCGAAUCUUACUUCCCCUAUAUUCCCUUAGAUCUCGAAUUUGGUCCUUCCAUAUCACGCUAAAUCUACAUCCUUGAUACCGAAAAACCUAAUGAGAAUCCUCAUAUAAUUAUUCUGUAGGUGUAUUACCUACCAGGUUUGUUAGUAAGGGGCUGAAGGGGCGGGGAGGUGGGGCGGGGGGUUCUAAAUCAACAUAGAGAAUGUUAUGGAAUCAAGAGAGAAUGGAAUUUAUAAGUUAUUAUAUUAUACUAUUAUGCAAUACAGUAAAACCCCGCUUGUAAACUAGUGGUUAAGAUCCUGUUAGUAGAAUUUGCCAUUUUAAUAUCCCAAAAUAUAAGGACCUGUUUAGCCAAGCAAGAUCAAACAGGUUCUUAUACGUGGAUUACUCUGAUAAUGACAAACAUUUCACCUAAGAAGUUCGACUAUAAACACUGAGAAGUCUUUCUUGGCAUUUGUUUGUUUAUUUAUUUGCUCAUUCCAUUUCCACUCAUUUUUUUAUUCAUUUCAUUUGUGUGUUUUUUAUUACUCAACUCUAGCCCUUGUUAUAGAGUAGCCCGGGAGCAGACACUGUAGUGAGGGAAGGUAAAAAUCGGCAAGGGCACCCGUUUCGUGCUUUUUACCCCCUCUACGAAGCCCGGUCCUAGGCUAGUUAUGCGGAUAACAUUACAUAAUACAUUCUGUAAUCAGGUUUGCAAGGCUUACUCAUAAUACAGUUGUGAAUAAAAGAAAAUAUACCACUCGUAAAAUUCAUAAAAACUACAUCCGGGAAAGAACAUUACACGGCGGCUUGAAGAUAUGAAUUUUAUUUUCUCGUGGCAAAAACAAUAUUUUACUCACUCGCUGCGCUCGUUCGUAAAAUAUUGUUUUGCCACUCGAAAAUAAAAUUCAUAUCUUCGCGCCACCGUGUAAUAUCCUCUAUAUAUUUUCCAAACCCUUUGGAAGUUUAUUUUUUUUCUUGUAGUCGGCAACUGUAUCUACUUUAAAUAAAUGUAAAAUUAAGAGCCCCUUUAGCGUAAAAUGCCAAUAAUGACCCCAAAAUACAGUAAACUUUUUGGCCAAAUGUAGGUUCUUACGCGCCGGUUUUUACUACAAAAUGCUUUCCUUUGUUUCAGUCAUCAAAGAUGGUGUCCCCACAAGCGAUGACUUACAACAUCUGUCCUUGAAGCUAGGGACAUCGUGGAAGCCUUUAGCUCGGUGCCUCAAAUUUGAUAAAGCAAGUAUUACUGUUUUUCACAAAGAGAACGAGGAAUUCACAGAAAAAGCAUUAAGUAUGUUGCAGAAGUGGAAAGCGAAGUAUGGUUCAGGAGCAACCUUCAGAGUCUUGCAUGACGCCUUGUGUGAUGAACGUGUAUGCCAAAGGGAAUUAGCAGAACAGUUUUGCUACUGUUAGUCAACAUAACUCAACAUAUAAGUUUCCUCACUGAAUCUUCUGGUAACAAGUGACAUUAAAACUGGCUUACAGCUUAAUUCGGGCUUGUUCAAUUCAUUCAAUAGAUUCUGGUCAGUCACGUGUAACUUAGAUUGACUGGGAAAAACUGGUACAUCGAGAUAGCUAGAAAAAGUGUUGCUUUUCGUUUUGCUACCUCUCUGAAGCUGUAAGCUGUAAAUAUUUCAUGAAAAUUUAGUUGUUGCUAAGAGAACCCUUGUGUUUCUUUAGACUGUUUACUUACCGUGUAGAAGUAUAAGCACUUGAAAGUAUAGUCAAACCACAUUAAUAGAUACUCAGUUUCAGUUUAGAGGAAAUGUAAAUUCUCUUGGUGUGUCGGGAUUGGCUUUUUGGUGAAAAAAAAUCCCCGAAUUAGGCGUUGCGGAUCUUUGCAACUGAAAUCCGGUAGACCCUUAGUCUGCUACACAGCCGUUUUUAGUGUCGUCACGCAACGCUCCUCCCCACUAAUUGCGUGACGACACUAAAAACGGCUGUGUAGCAGACCAAUGGACCCUUGAAGCAAUAAAGAAACCGCUUUUGUCUGCCUGCAAAAACUCGACCAAUCACU